CGAUAAGAGACACGACCGGUUUCUUAUGCUGGCCGUGUCAGAGCGAAAAGAUGAUCAUCGCUACUGGUUAAAAGGGGACGUGGACCUCUUUGCUGAUGCAAGCAGUCUUCUGUGUCCAGGGUUAGGGUUAACCCCUUCCUAACAACGUCAUAGACGUUUUCACGGCUUCUGACUUGGUGGAACCGACGCUCACUGGACUACUGCAGGAUGAAGGGUCUUUACCUGGUGGAGCCCGUGGUGGCGCUGUACGCCUUCUCCGCGUACCUCACGUACCCGCUGGUGCUGCAGUACGUCUACCGGCGGCUGUGGCAGCAGCUGACCAAUAGCACCUACCCGGUCUCCGACAACACGUCCACGUGCGCCGGCGACGGCCGCAACCACACCUACUUCCAGGAGGUGCAGGAGCGGGCGUCCCUGUUCUCGCUGUACUCUCAGGUCCUUUCGGCCGUGCCCUCCUUGCUCGUCACCCUCCUGCUGGUGGCGUACAGCGACCGCGCGGGGCGCAAGGUGGCCAUCGUCCUGCCGCUUGCGGGCACGCUGCUGUACACGCUGUCCCUGCUGGCGGUCUCCUACUUGAAUCUGAACGUCUACCUGCUCGUCGGCGCCACGCUCCUGUCCGCGCUCUUCGGGGGCCUGGGCACCUUCCUGGGCGGCUGCUUCGCGUAUGUGGCCGACCUAAGCGGCGGCCGGCGGAUGACGCUGCGCAUCGCCGCGCUGGACAUGAUGAUCGGGCUGCUGUCGGGCGCGGCCUCGCUAUCCACGGGCUACUUCGUGAGGGCGGCCGGCUUCGACGGGCCCUUCCUGACCUCGGCCGCGUGCCAGGUCCUGGUCCUGCUCUACGCCGUCUUCAUCCUGGAGGAGACGGUGACGCCGCGGGACGCCGGCGCCGCCGACCCGGACGGGCGGUCUGCCGUGCGGCAGAUGUUCUCCGCCAUCUACCGGAUGUUCGCCGGCGUCGGCCCCAAGCGGCGAAGGCUGCUGGUCCUGCUGAUCUUCGUCUUCGCCAGCUUCUCCUUCGCCCACAUGGGCGGCUUCUCCUUGUUGGUGCUCUACGAGCUCAACGAGCCGCUGUGCUGGACCGAGAUUCUCAUCGGCUACGGCACGGCACUGUCCGCCACCGUCUUCCUGUUCAGCUUCGCCGGCGUGGCCGCCUUCACGUACUGCGGCGCCCCGCGGCUACUUGUGGUGCUGAUGGGCAUCUUGUCUUUGGCCGUGGGCAUGACUGUGGUGGCCUUUUCCAAAACCACUUUGCUGAUAUUUCUAGCGCGGGUUCCCAUGUUCCUGUCCGUCAUGCCCUUCUCGGUGCUGCGAUCCAUGAUGUCAAAAAUCAUCCGCAAGUCCGAGCAGGGUGCGUUGUUCGCCUUGCUCUCCUUCGCGGAGGUCCUGACGGCCAACGUGUCGGCGGCCGUCUUCAAUACCGUGUACGCCGCCACGGUGGCCCGGUACCCCGCUUUUGUCUUCCUGCUCGCCGCCGGACUUUGCGUGAUACCGACCGCGCUUCUGGGCGUGGUGUGCGCGAUGGGAGCCGAGGUGGCCGCCGAGGACGAGGCGGCGGCGGACGACUGAGUCGGAGGAGCGUCCUCAAGCGGACAAGGAUGCGCCCGAGGACCGCCACCCGCUGCUAAGCUGAAAAAACCAACAAACCAACAAAUCUGCUCUUUGUCGUUUCUUUGAACUUCCCGUCUGGAAUUGUCACUUGCGCUUCUUCCGAAGUACCUCACCGAUGCCCGUUUUACAAAAAGGUCAAGCGGGUUGUCGUCCUCCGGCUCUUCUGACAUUGGAACGCCGUAAUCGCGUAGCAUUAGCAUUUGGCGCGCUACGUGAAAGGCAAUAAAUGCUCCGCAGUUUGCUCCCUCAGGGAAACUAGAGAGACUUGACAAACACAAAUAAUUUUCUAUGAAAAUGUAAUUGUAUGUCACAAGAAUAAUGUGUCAGGUUCGGUGCAGUGUGUUGUGUGUUUGACAAUUGUUUUUAAAAACAAAUCAAGUG